AUGGCCUUCCCGGGGUUCCGCUCCUUCCAAGCCGUGUCAACAUGUGUCCCACAUAUACCGAAUGUCGCCAGACGUACGAUACACACGUUUCGCGAAGUGCAGUCCCUCCGCACGUUUAGGAAAGAGCUUCGGUCAGGCCAACGGACAGUAGGCUUUGUGCCCACCAUGGGCGCGCUGCACGAGGGCCACAUCUCGUUGAUGCGUCAAGCGGCCGCUGAAAACACCGAUGUCUUUGUGAGCAUCUACGUCAAUCCCACACAAUUCGGCGUCCACGAGGAUCUCGACAGUUACCCAAAGACAUGGCAAGAAGAUAUGGACAAGCUACAAGCUCUCAACAAGGAACUGCAAGGUGACACUAGCUCUGGACGCAUCACUGCUGUCUUUGCACCCAUCACCAAGGUCAUGUAUCCCACACUGCCGCCAUCGUCCGAGAUCACAGGCUCAGGAUCAUUCGUCACAAUCACGCCCUUGGGAAGCCUGCUUGAAGGUGCAUCGCGCCCAGUCUUCUUCCGUGGUGUUGCUACCGUCUGUAUGAAGCUGUUCAACAUCGUCAUGCCCGAAAGGGUCUACUUUGGCCAGAAAGACAUCCAACAGACGGUCGUCAUCAAGCGCAUGGUAAAGGACUUUCACCUCGACACCGAAGUCAAGAUUGGGCCUACAGAGCGCGAGGCCGAUGGCUUGGCUAUGAGCUCCAGAAACGUAUACCUAGGCGCAAGGAGAAGGGAGGUGGGUGUGGUCUUGUCGCGUGCUCUCAGAGCUGCCGAGAAGAAGUACCUGCAAGGAAAACGUCUUCGUGCCGACAUCUUGUGGCCAGCUAACGAGGUCUCAUCAAGUAAGAUGAUGGAACAAGACGACUUGCCUCCGUCAAAGCGUGCCAGAGUCGAAGUGGACUACAUAUCACUGGCCGACCCAGACACUAUGGAGGAGAUUGAGGUUGUGGAUACCUCGAAGGGUGCUAUUCUCAGUGGAGCUAUCAAGUUGCUGCCUCUCGAAGAGCCUCAAGAAGGAGAGGACUGUGGUCUGGGCGGAGGCGCUGUUCCUGUCAGACUGAUCGAUAACAUCAUCUUGAAGCCGAUAAACUAG